AUGGCCUCGGCCGGUCGUUCUCCCCGAGCCCGUCGAUAUCUCAAGCCCCUCCUAUAUUCCGCAGCGGCGCUGGCUGGGGUUGGCGGAGCCGUGGUCUACAUAUCCUACCGUCCCAUCAACGUGCCCGGCUCUCAGGGUGCUCUUGUCCCGACCCCACGCACCAAGGAUGGGACCAUUAUUCCUCCUACAUUCCCCUUGAUCAAGUCCCGCGACGAGCAGAUCGCCGACCUGAGGAAAAGUGGUGGUUUGGUUGGCUCGGCGCCCGAAACACCUAUCACCCAGCAAUUGAAAAACAGUUUUGAUCGAUUAAGAGGCGCGACAACCGACGACAAGGAGACACAAUUGCCGAAAGAUCAAGAAGCCGGAGAACCAUAUGACCUCUUGGUUAUCGGUGGUGGAGCCACGGGAUCUGGUAUCGCUCUGGAUGCUGUGACUCGAGGGCUGAAGGUCGCGCUGGUCGAGCGCGAUGACUUUGCCGCCGGCACAAGCAGCAAGAGUACGAAGCUUGUCCAUGGCGGUGUCCGCUAUCUCGAAAAAGCGGUCUGGGAACUCGACUACAACCAGUAUGCCUUGGUCAAGGAAGCGUUGCGGGAAAGGAAAUACUUUCUCGAUACGGCGCCUCAUCUCUCCAUGUGGCUUCCUAUCAUGAUCCCGUUGCAAGUCUGGUGGCAGGCUCCUUACUUCUGGGCGGGCACCAAACUAUAUGAUCUCCUCGCAGGCAGUGAAGGCAUUGAGACGAGUUACUUUUUGACCAAGAGCAAGGCUUUGGAUGCAUUCCCCAUGUUGAAGAAGGACAACCUGGUGGGCGCCCUCGUGUACUACGAUGGAGCGCAUAAUGACAGCCGAAUGAACGUUUCUAUUGCCGCCACGGCUGCGCUUUGGGGGGCCACUGUCGUCAAUCAUAUGGAAGUGACGAGUUUGACAAAGGACGAGAACGGCAAGUUGAACGGCGCCAUCGUCCGCGACGUGAUUGCGGAUAAGAACGGGAAGUCGGCAGCUCCAAUCACCAUCCGCGCAAAGGGGGUCGUCAACGCGACUGGACCGUUCUGUGACUCCAUCCGCAAAAUGGACGACCCGAAGGCGCAAGAGAUUGUGGCUCCAAGUUCUGGUGUACAUGUGGUCCUGCCGGGUUACUAUAGCCCCCAGAAGAACACGAUGGGUUUGAUCGAUCCCGCCACCUCGGACGGUCGUGUCAUCUUCUUCCUACCGUGGCAGGGCAAUACGAUCGCCGGCACUACUGAUGCGCCGUGCAAUAUCACUGCACAGCCGAUAGCCGGAGAAGACGAGAUCAACUGGAUUUUGAAUGAGAUCCAAGGUUAUCUGUCUCCCGAUAUCAAUGUGCGACGCGGCGAUGUACUGGCUGCUUGGUCCGGUAUUCGCCCCUUGGUCAAAGAUCCCAAGGCGAAAAACACCGAGUCGCUGGUGCGGAACCACCUCGUCACAGUCUCCGAAUCUGGUCUCCUGACAUGUGCGGGUGGGAAAUGGACAACGUAUCGUCAAAUGGCAGAGGACGCCGUGGAUGAAGCCAUCAAGCAUUUCCACCUCCAGACGCAGCCCAUUGUCACGCCGACGAGAAUCAGUGGAACCGAGAUGAUUGAUGACGCUGCGCCGCUCGACGGGACCUGCCAGACACAUCAGGUUCGACUGGUGGGUGCGCAUGGAUACUCGAAAACGCUUUUCAUCAACCUAAUCCAACACUUUGGCAUCGAGACCGAGGUGGCCAAACACCUUGCAGAGGCCUAUGGAGAUCGUGCUUGGACUGUGGCCGCACUGUCAAGUCCCACCGAUCAGAGGUUCCCUGUGCGAGGUAAACGCAUCUCGCCUCUAUAUCCGUACAUUGACGGGGAGGUGCGGUAUGCGGUUCGACACGAAUUCGCUCAACGUGCCGUCGACGUGAUCGCUCGGAGGACACGACUGGCAUUCCUGAAUGCGCAAGCGGCAUUGGAAGCAUUGCCGCAGGUUAUCGAUCUGAUGGCCGAAGAAUUGAAGUGGGAUAAGAAACGCAAGGACUUGGAGUGGAAGGAAAGUGUCGCGUUUUUGGCGUCGAUGGGCCUGCCCAAGAGCAAACUGGGCGUGUCAAGAAAGGACGUCGAGAGCGGCAAGGCCAGAUUUGCCGACGAGUAUGAACGAAAGUUGUAUUCAAGACAUAAUGGGCCAGCGGACACCCUGGAGACUGAUUCUAAGCUGAGUCCUGGACACAACCCUGUAAUGGGGCAAGAUUCUCCGGCCAACAGCUAA